UAGAACUUGCAAGCGCAGCAGCCAGUCACUAGCGACGAAACGCGUAAUUGAAAAACAUGUUCCAGCGCGGAUGAGUAGAAUUAGUGAAGACGUUCUAGUGCCAAGAGUAAAAGUGAGCUUAGUCAAAGUAAAAACCAAUACAAAAAAGAAUCUAUUUAAAAAAAGUGUAUAAGAAUUAUAAUUUUUGCUAAGAGAAAAAUGUCAUCAGUCGCUAAGCACCUCGAACUACUACUCAUUUCCUUAAUUUUAUGCGCCAUUAUUCAGUGUGUAACUGUCAACGCUGAUACAAAAGUGCUCAACGUACUCAGCUUAAAUCAACCAGGAUACAAUAGCCGCGAUGAGGUCAUCUCACUCGAAAAUGCAGGCACCGUUAAUGAGGAAUUGGUCUUCAAAGGUAACCGCACCACUGAAUUUGGUCCUGCCAACAAAUUUGGGCUAAUCUUUAUGGAGACAACCGAGUACAUCGCUGAUAACAAUGGUUACCGUGUGCAUUACCGCAUCGUCGCACUUCCGCUGGCACAGACAAGAUUGAGCGCGGGUGUAUUACAGUCAGCGGCCGGUUAGAAUAUUAAGUAAUAGCACAUUUCGAUGUUUUAAAGAGAGAAGUAUCCGGUUUUAGAUAAAUUAAUUCUUUUUAAAAUAAAAUAUUUUUUUUUAGUUCUUUAUUAAAGUAAUUUGACAACAAAGAAAAAACCAAAAACAACUUCAACAAGCGCAAAUAAAAUGUGAGGUACAGUG